ACAAUCUAAAUUAAAGUUCAUUAAUUGGUUCAUGCCAAGAAUUUGCCCACUUUUGCCUUUUGUCUCUCUCCCAUGCAUCCACGUUUCUUCUGGGCGGGCUGUUAAUUUGCGCAGAAAAUUAAUUGACACACCGAUUGAGUGGUAGCAAAUAACUCUUCAAGCACGCAUUUGAUGCCUGCCAGGCCAGUUCUGGGAAUUGAAUUGAAGCUCGAUCUCUCAGCUCGCUCCUUCUCUCUCUGCUGCUAUUCUCUUCUCCUUCAUUUCUUCGAUCAUCAUUUAAUUUGUAGGUAGAACCCAGAAUAUAUAUGGAGGUGAAGAUGAAGAAAAGCCUUUCUGAGAAGAUGACGAUGAUGCAGAGGCAGAAGAGUGGGAAUAAGAAGAGGUUGUUGAUCAGUAUCAACGUGUUUGGAAGUGCGGGGCCGAUAAGGUUUGUUGUGAACGAGGAUGAUAAGGUUGUCGGGGUGGUGGACAUGGCUCUCAAGCAAUACGCUCGCCAGGGGCGCCUUCCGCUUCUUGGAUCUGACCCCCAUCAUUUCUUCCUCUACCCUGUCACUUCAGGUUUCGAAGCUUUGAGUGCAUCAAGUUCAAUAGGAAAUUGUGGGGAAAGGAACUUCAUGCUGUGCAAGAAGAACAGGCAGCCAUUGAUGACAGAAGGAAGGCCACAGGUGGUGACUGGUUUGAAGGGGACAAGAAGCUGGAAAUCAUGGCUCACCAAAUCUUUCUUCCACAAGAUGAUCCUCACUGAGUAAUAUGUAUGUAUGUAGGUGGCUCUGUGAUGAUAGAUGUUCUUGAAGAUAUCAAGUUAUAAAUGUAAUCACCUCUCAAUAUAAUGUAGCUAGCUUAGCAUCCUAUGCAAGUCAUCCAUGCAGAUGCAUGGUGUAUCACCAUUUGUAACUUUACUAUCCUAAUUAAGCAUCA